AUGGCGGUGAACAAGGUUUUUAUCGACGGAGGUGCUGUAGUCAAUCUGAUGCCCUAUACUCAGUUUAAGAAAAUGGGACAGGGUGACGAAGAUCUUCGACAACACAACAUGGUCCUAUUAAACUACGAAGGGAAAACCAGCAAUAUAAUGGGGGUUGUUCAGGUCGACCUCGUUGUGGGCACGAUAACACGCUCAACACUAUUCAUGGUGAUAGAUUCAAAAGCCAAUUUCAAUUUACUCUUGGGUCGAGAAUGGAUCCAUGGGAUAUGGGUUGUACCAUCGAUGGUCCACCAGAGGCUUAUAAUAUCGCGAAAGGACGACAUCAUAGAAAAUAUUGAGGCCAACCAAAGUUAUUAUCGGGUCGAUGAUAGGGGUUCCAAGAGGUCUUUCGACCAACACUUGGCGAAUAUAGCGUCAUGUGAUGACGAGUCGGGCUCAUAUACUUCCGUCAAAACUGGUUGA